AUGGAGACCCGUCGAAUGCGCGCGAAGGAAAAGCAGCACACCAAAUCCGGACGGGCCGGGCUUCGCUCCUCCCCCCGCCGCGCAAGAGGAGACGCUAGAAACAACAAGCCGAGGGGCUGCGAUGCGGAUCUCCCACACCACGUCGUGCUGGAAAUCGUGUCCUUCCUGGACACCCGGUCCAUCGUAGGUGGCCGGUGCUUGUCUCGCGCGUUUAGGAACGACGCACCGGCGCUGGUCAAGACGCUGGACUUCCACAUGGGGCAGCAGUCUCCAUCCGCCGAAACGAUCAAGCUGUUCCCUGAGGUCAGGCAGGUCAACCUCGACGGCAACCGAGACCUGGUUCACGCGGUGGUCGCAGGGCUCCGCGGGUGGGGGUCCUCACUGCGCCUCGGCGUUUCCCUUCACGACUCCGUCCCACAGAAGGAGGAGCCGCUGAGCAACACGGCCACCGCCGACCUGUGUGCGUUGCCGCUGACCGAGCUCGACAUGAAGGAGGUCGUUGUCGAGUUCCCGCCGUCGCUUCCGAUGAACGCCUGGCGAACGCUGCAGAGGCUCGUGAUCCGCGACGCCUUCCUCGGGGACGAGUCCCUGGAGAGCCUGUCCAAGUCCAUCCCUGAGGGUCCCCUACCGCUGCGCCAUCUUGACCUCUCCAGAAACCUCUUCGGGGGCUACGACGCCGUGUUGCCCUUCGCAGGCGCGCUCCGGUCCUUCCCCGACCUGGAGUGGCUCGAGCUCACGGCGUGCCGCAUCUGUCGCGGCUCGGGUGACUGCAUCGUCCGCACGCUGCUCGAGGGCGCCUGCCCGAAGCUCAGGACCCUGGACCUCUCCCUCAACUUCUUCACGAACGGCCUCCUCGCGUCCCUGUGCGAAGGGCUGGGGGCGCCGGGGCACGGGCUGCUCAACCUGCGGAAGCUGGGCUUCGGCUCACGGGUCACCGGCGACGAGAUGAUAACUUGCUUCGAGAAGGUCGGGAAGGCCCUCGCCGCCGGCGGCCUGCCCAAGCUGGACUUCCUCCACCUUCAGGGCGACAUAGGGCCGCGGCAGGUCUCCCCGGUGCUGAGCCUGUUGAGGGGCGGGGCGUGCCCGAUGCUGUCGAUGGUGAAGCUGGAGCGUUCUCUCCGCUCCACGCUUGGCGAGGACGAGUGCGGCGCCGAGGACGCCGCACAGAGCAUGUUCGACCUGGUGAUUUCGGACCACAUCCCGCACCUCCGGGAGGUGCACGCGCUGGGCAUGGCCCUGAACGAGGGGAUGGAAAAAGCAAAUGAGGCGGGGCGUGACUCGGCAUUCUACAGGGCCAGGAACCAUUCAACCUGGCACCAUCUCGCCGUCGCGGGCAAGGCUAGAGGUGUCCAGGUGUUUGUGUAAUGACCUUCUCUGUAGCUUAGAAUAGAUGCGGUAAUCGAGUGACGUCUUUCGUAAGCGUAGAUUCGGUGGGUGAUAAGUGCGGUAGUUGAUUUGCUCGAUGAUACUCAUAUAUGCGCGUUGGGUAUUUCGUGUCUGCUGUCUCCUGCUGUCAACCCCCACAACAAUCUCGGUCUGUUAAGCUCAGAAUUCAAACACGGAUCGAGUAUGUUUUCAUAUUUUUCAUCGCAGAACUUUGCAACUGUGAACAAGUAACGAGCUAUCUCCUUUAGUUUUGGGCACGGUUUUUUUUUUUUUUCGCCAGCUUUCGGAGCUUCAACUCGUGGGCUGGGAGCGCCGUGAGAUAGCGCUCAGCCCUUGUUUUUUCUGUUUGCGUCUUGCGUGGGCCGUGGGCCGCAGCAGUCACGGCUUCCACGGCGUGUUCGUGUGGCGGGGUUUAGACCUUUCUUUCUUUGCCGAUACAUCGUCUCCCGCAGCUAGCUGCAGAUCGGCUUUCCGUAGGCACAGUUUGAUCGCGUUAGAAUGUUUCACGGCGUGUGUUCUCGCCGCUCGUGGUAAACGCCCGGUGCUGUCUGUGUGUCUUGUCCUUUUCAGAAGGGCCAGCGUAGCAUGCCAUCGUUUUGUACAUGUGGUGUACGCGCCUUACUUGCAGGAGCAACGUUGUGUCUUGCGGGACAGGUUCUCUGUGUUGGCAAGGACCACUGCACCGCUGUAUAUAUAUAUGUAUGUAUCUGUUUCAUGUUGUUUGGUUUGUUGAACUCUGUGGCGUGUCGUUUGCCCCUGUACAGUAACCUGUGGAACGAUCAUAGUCGGAGUGCAGCAAACUGCCGAGCGACGGUCUGGGCGCUUGAAAUUAGCUGGAGUGCCGGCAUAGAUGUCAGCGGUAUCUGCUGUUGCCGUCCUUGACGUGCGCCCAGAACGUGUUGUGGAGAUGCUGCAUGCCGCUUGCCGGGGCCUUUUAAACUGCCCUUUCGUGUUACAUCCAAGAAGGGACGCCUAUUGUAGGACAUAAUGAAGCUCGUCUGAAGUAGGUGGGGAAGCAAUAACCAGAUGUCUCGAGUGCUUUGUAGCGACAAUUAAAUGCCGUCCGAUUUUUUUAUUGCGUGUUCGCUGCUCGUUGGCGACCGGAACAAACCGAGAAAGCAGCUGUGUUUUUGAGGGAGAGGGGGUGUUCUCGGCUCUGUUAAGCUAGCAAUGCUCAUUCGGAGUGGUUGGUGGAACUGGUUUGUGGAUAUAUCCUACGGGAGACCGGGACGAUUUUCUUUUGUGAAGAUAAAACAGCAUAGGAGUGUUGAGCGGACUAGUUGAGCCUCGUGUUAUUUUUGAACAAGAGAGCGCACAUGGUGACCGAUUCCCAACUGGUGUGAGGGACUGUGGGUCGGUGGCCUAGUGAGUGUUAGAGUUUUGCGGCAUCCGCAUCCUAUGCAUCGGAGCGGACGAACGAACGCAGAUGACUCGCGUGUUUGGUGGCUAGCGACGAGAGAAUCAUGGCUCUGCUGUGUGGUGCGCAGUUUAGGAUCAAGAAGAUUCAUCUGCUUCGAGCAAGCAAACGAUUUCUCGGACGGAAUCAUUCAAACGUUGCAGUUGGCGUACACACCGCUGUAUUUGCGCAAACGUUUGGGGAUUAUUUUAGCUUCAUCGCUUGCGGCGAAAUCGAACACGGCGAAUGCCGCCUUCAAUCCGUUUGCAUUAAUAUAUAUUU